AUGUUACACAUUUCUAAAAGCUUUAGGCCUUUCACUAUCUCAUAUGCUAGAGGGCUUUCAUCAACAUCACGGAACCUAAAGACUUCUUUAACGUUUUUCACCAAGGAAACUUGCAUGCUUUGCACCAACGCAAAAAAUAUUUUACAUGAUACUUUGAAAGAUGAUGCAUUGAAAGAUAAGGAAAUAUCGCUAGAAACUAUCGAUAUUAUGAAGCCUGAAAAUUCUAAAUGGUUUGAUGUAUACUGUUAUGAUGUUCCUGUGCUACACGUGGAAAGGCCUAACCAAGCAAAACCUGUUAAAUUCAUGCAUUAUUUUUAUAACGACAAAUUAAUUGAUGAAUUGACUAAAUAA